UGAUGCGCCUGCGAAACAAUAUCGUUGCCUAGGACACAUUAUAGAUGAGCACAAAAUAUUAAACUAAAUAUUAAAUGUCAGUAUCAAUUGUACCAUCAAACAGUAGACAACAUCAUCAUUUAUACGCAACUAAACCUAAUUAUAUAUCAAUCAAGUAGUAAAGCUGGAUAUUUUGUACGACGUACAAUUGGAGCAACAGAAAAAAAACAAACUACGCAUAGUGGUUUGGAGUGUAGUGGUGUCCUGACCUUCAUUCAACAAAUGUUUCCGAGUUCGUCGUGACUCAGGGAAUGAAGGAGACUACUUUCCGACUCUUUUUAUAAAAAAAAUAAAAAUAAAAAUAAAAAUAUAUAUUUAAAGGAGAGAUGAGUACAAAGAUAUCAAAAAAUUCAAAAGACUCUGCACAGUCAACAGCGAACCAUCGACAAGAAUUAUUGUCUUCAACUGAAAUUAAUAUUUCUAUUGACAACGAAAAUCAAACGAAUAAUAAACGCUCAUCAGUCGGCAAGUGUCAGGAAAAAUCAAUUAAAUCAUCGAGUCAUAAAAAUACAGAAGACAUGCCUUCAUUAACUAAAACAUUUGUUGCAUUUAAACGCCAAACAUAUCAACCCUACAAAGUUUCAUCUAGAUUUGAUAAAUCCGGUAAUGACGUCAGAAAAAUGACGACCCUGGUGUUUUGUGAACCACCGAUGAGAACGGCACCACUACGUUCCCGGGAUAAACUCAAGCUUGUAUUAAAUCGUAGUCUCAGUGAGCCUGGUCCACCAACUGGUUGUUUUACAUCACCAUUACCACCAAUAACACCAAUAACACCAACAUCAUCAAGUGAUACAUCAACAUCAUCAACAUCAACAUUAGAUACUGAUAAUUCAAUGAGACAAUGUUUAAAUUUCAACAAUAGUACAACAAGUAUUGACAGUGGAUUACCACAAUCAGAUAUAUCAUCAACAUCAUCAGCUUCAUCAUCAACAAAUAUACAUAAUAUUUGUCAACAAAAUUAUCGUGGUAAUCAACGUUUACAUUAUCGUCGACAAACAAGUUUAUUUCCAUUUACAUUGCCACAAAAAAACAGCAACAAACUGGAGACCACAAGUUUACCAUCAAGUCCAUGUAAUCCAUUAUUAUCACCAACAAACAAUGAAGACUCAACAUUACAACGUCAAUUAAUUAUAAACAGUAUUAAAAUUAUAAAUGCUGAUGAAUUGGCAAAUAAAUUAUCAUUGUUUAAUAAUAAUGAUGAUGAUGAUGAUGAUGAUGAUAAUAAUAAUAAAAAUGAUUUUAUGAUACUUGAUUGUCGUGGUUUUACAAGUUACAAUAUGAAUCAUAUUAAGAGUGCUGUUAAUUUUAAUUGUGGUGCAAGUAUAUGUAAACGAAGAUUAGCAAGUCGUCGUGUACUUGCUGAUUUAGCUAAAUUUGAUAAUGAUACUUGUAUCGUUAAAAAUUUACAUGAUUUUAUAUUGUAUGAUGAAUCAACAACAAAUAUUGAUGAUUUACACUCAAAAAGUCCAUUAUUUUUAUUGAUGGUUGCAUUAUUGGAGGACAAUAAAGUACCAGUCUUUCUUCUUGGAGGUCAUAAAGAAUUUCAAAAUCGUCAUCCUAAUUUAUGUGAAGCAACAUUACGUGAUGAAAAUUCUGGCUUUCCAGUUGAUCCAUCAACAAUAAAUGGAUAUGAAAAUUCUUCUAGUUUUCCAUUUAUGAAAAAUAGUCAAUACACUAAUAACAACAAUAACAACAACAACAAUAAUAAUAAUAACAAUGGUAAACAAAGUCUAACAAAACAUGACAUUGAUUCACAUCCAGCAUCACGUGUUUUACCAUUUUUAUAUCUUGGCAAUGGUACUGAUGCUGCCAAUAUUGAUACAUUAAAGAAAAUAAAUGCAACAAGAGUUUUAAAUGUAACAUCACAAUUACCUGGUUAUCACGAAGAAAGUGGUAUUAAAUAUUUACAACUACCAGCAACAGAUUCUAGUCAACAAAAUCUGAAGCAGUACUUUGAACAAGCCUAUGACUUUAUUGAGGAUGCAAGAAUAUGUGGUGACACUGUAUUGGUACAUUGUCAAGCUGGCAUAUCAAGAAGUGCAACAAUAACAAUUGCCUAUGUUAUGCGUCACAAAGAAAUAUCAUUAGUUAAUGCAUACAGUUUUGUCAAAGCAGCAAGACCAAUAAUAAGUCCAAAUUUUAAUUUUAUGGGACAAUUACUUGAACUUCAACAAGCUCUAAAAAUACAAGAUACAAAUAAUAGCUGUGAAGAUUUACAUAGCUUUAAUCAGUAUCGAAAAAAUCAUCAACAAUAUAGCGAAAGUGUAACAUCAAGUUGGGGCGUUUAAAAUAAUCAUAUUGUUGUUAUUAUUAUUAUUAUUAUUGCUAAAUUCAAAUUUAUUUCAUUAUUACAUAUCUCAAAAUGUGACUUUUAUUAUUAUUAUUAUUAUUAAUAUAAUCGAGUUGUGGCGCGUAUUACAUAUUAUAUAUAUCUAUUUUGAUGAUGUAUGUGACAAGAUUUGUUGAUGGCGCAAGACAAAGUGAGGUAGCUAAUAAUUUAAAAAAUAAAAUGUUAAUUGAUGAUCAUGUAAAUACGUGAAACUAUAUGAUUAUUUUCAUAUGCUCGGCUGCUGCUGAGAGAGGGAGAGAGAGACCUUUUUGUUGGUCUUGAAAUUAUAAAUGCACAAAUAUAGUUGAGUAAUUAUUUUUAAUUGUUUAAUAAUUUUAACCUCAACAAUUUAAAGACUUUUAUUAUGAAAAAAAAAUUAAUAAAUAUUAUGAAAAAUUAUUAUAUCCAGAAAUUAAAUGGCAAAAAAAAAAAAUAAAAAUAAAUAAAUAAUGAUAAUAAUAGUAAUGUAUGUACGUCGGUUUAUUGUGUUGACGAGUACUUAUGAGAUUUAUGAAAAAUUGAGUUGAAAAAAAGAGAGAGAGAGUGUACCUUAGCAACAAUCAUACAUUAAUUAUUAAUACGAAAUAUUUUGAGGUUGAAAGUUAGUUUGUAAGAAUUUUAUUAAAUUAAUUUAGUUUAUUUUGAUUUUCGAAACUUUUUCUUAAUUUUUUUUUUUAUUUUUCUUUUUCGAUCCUUGAGUAAUGGUUUUUUUUUUUUUUUUUUCUUUAAUAGCAUUUAAAAGAUUAUUUUAAUGAUCCAACAAACAAAAUUUAAAAAAAAAAAUGAAAAAAUCAUGGUGAUCUAGUCGUUUGUUGGGAUAAAUGAAAAAAAAAUAAAAAUAAACAAACAUGUAAUUGAUUUAAAAAUAAUAAGACAACAUAAAUUGAAUUUAUUGUUAAUCCAAGUGUGAAAAUACCGGGGAAAUUAUAUCAUCAAAGACAUGAGGUUUAUGUUUAUAAUAUUAUCAUUAAUAUUUUUUUUUUUUUUUAAUUUAAUAGUUUAGAUUUAAUUAAAAUAAUUCAUCAUCGAGAUCAGUUAUUUUUUCAUUGAAAUAACAUUUUGGUAAUAUAAAUUGUUAACCAAAAAAGAAAAAAAUAUAUAUAUAUAAUAAUAAUAAGCCAUUUAUGACUGAUCUCUUGAUGUUGAUGAAAAAAUAUGUUUAUAUUAUAAUAAUUUAAUAAUUUUUUGAAAACGAGACUUGUAAUUCCAUGGCCAACGUCGGCAAAAUAAAUGAAUGGCUCGAGUUUUCAUCCUCGGGGAAAAAUUAAAAUUAAAAAAAUGACAAUAAUCGCUGUAACAAAUAUAUAUUUUAAAAAAUGAAUAGAAUUGAAGAAAAAAAAAACGAGUACAUAUCAGAUUGUCGCCUUUUUUCUCGUGAUGAAAUUAAAAAAAAAAAAGAAAUAUAUUAAAGAGAGGUGAUUACAUCUUGUAAAAUAGUAUUAAAAAAUAAUAAUAAUAAUAAAGUAUACUACUUGCUCGUUUCGGCAUUGAUAAAAUGCUAAUAAUUGUACAUCUUGUAAAUUAAAUGAAAAAAAAAAUAAUACAUAUUGUGAAUUUGAAAGCGAAUAAUUGUUAAAUGGCCUGAAUUGUAAAUAAUAAUUGUGUAAAAAUAUUAUCAUCAUUAUCAUUAAAUAAAAACAAAAAAUAUAAAAUAAACAAAACAGGGCAAAGAUAAAUGUGUUCAUAGUACCUGUUGCAUAAAUUUUGAAUAAAUAAUUUAUGUCUA